UUAUUAUUCUUUUUUCAUUAUUAUUAUAUUUUACGUACAACGCGUACAGUGCACCAGAAGCCGCCGAUUGUCUGACAGGUCGGAUUUGUAAACACGCAUAGGUAAAUACCACACAGACCGCCGCUACAAUGAACGUCUUUUGGACGUUUUCCGCAGUGCUCCUGCUCAAAGCAACAGUGAUCCAGUGCCAGGACUACAGCGCGGAAAGAUCGUCGCAGUGUCCGGAACAACAUGGUGAACAGACGUAUGCCCACCCCGAUUAUUGCGAUCAAUUUUACCUGUGCACGAACGGCACGCUGACACUGGAACAGUGCGGCAACGGUCUGCUGUAUGACGGCAAAGGCGCCGCCUACCACCACUGCAACUACCACUGGGCCGUCGACUGUGGCAAUCGCAAAGCCGAACUUGUGCCGAUCAGUUCUCCCGGAUGUGAAUACCAGUUCGGCCUGUUCUCGGACGGUUCCUCUUGCAGCACCAACUACGUUAAAUGUGAACACGGAUCGCCAUACUCGCUACCCUGCGAACCUGGCCUGGCUUACGACGACAGGAUCAAGAAGUGCAACUGGCCCGAUGAGCUCGUUGACGUGGGAUGCAACCCAGCAGACAUAAUUGGAUUCAGCUGCCCAGAUAAAGUGGACCCACACUCGGUGUCGGCCAAAUUCGAACCGUACCCGAGGUUUGCCCUCCCCGGAGACGCACACAGGCUCAUCACAUGCGUGCACGGACAUCCAAGGUUGAUAAGUUGCGGUGAGGACAGUGUAGUAGAUGAAUCGUCACUGACAUGCGUCGAGAAAGGGUCUCAUUACAGAAAGAGAAAGUAGAUCAUAUCGUUAAUCCAUUUGUGCCAUGUUUUAAGUGUACAUUUUCGCAUAAAAACCAUAUUGUACAAACCAUUGAAUGACAUUAGCACUGUGGCAUCGUUACAUGAAAACAUAUAAAAAAUAAUUUUUCUGGGCUUGUUAUUUAUACCAAAUUAAUAGUUAUAUAAAAAAAAAUUAAAAAAAGUUUCCAAUCAA